AUUAGUUGACGUAACUCUUUAAAAAAACAAAGACUAAGAGUCACGGAGGACUGUUGAAUGAAGCGCGAAAAUGACAGUGAGGAUAAUUUUCGCGGAAAAACGGGGUCAGAUGAGUCAAUAAUUGUAAAAACCCUAGUCUUCCGUAGCUUCUAGAAACUCGCAGCUCCCGAUUUGGUAAGACACUCUGCUUCUUUGGAAAAUAUUACUUUGUGCCUUCCUCAGAGGCGGGAACAAGACUUCUCGACCUUCUCAGGUCAUAGUAUUGACUUACAAACAUGGGGGAUGGGUCACCGCGCCCAUCUGUAAUUCAGAAAAUACAUGGGCAUUCACACCUCUUUUCUCUAAUAUCUCCCCACACACAUUCUAAGCAUGCUGGUUCAUACAACAUGGUUGGUGGGUAUGUCAAUGAAGUUCUACGGGGUGCUUUCAUGACGAGUUGCCAUGCCAAUAUCCUGGAAUUCCCGUUAUUGCAUAAUCCUAUUCUCAUACAGGCCCCAUCUGAAGAGAAGAAGGCUAACUAUUUUAUAGUGGAUUUUCUCAUGGGAGGGGUUUCUGCUGCAGUGUCUAAAACAGCUGCAGCUCCGAUAGAGAGAGUCAAGCUUUUGAUUCAGAAUCAGGAUGAGAUGAUAAAAGCUGGUAGACUUUCUGAACCUUACAAAGGCAUUGCGGACUGCUUUGGCAGAACUAUUAAGGAUGAAGGCGUCAUUGCUCUUUGGAGAGGCAAUACUGCAAACGUCAUCAGAUACUUCCCGACUCAGGCCUUGAAUUUCGCUUUUAAAGAUUACUUUAAGAGACUUUUUAAUUUCAAAAAAGACAGGGAUGGCUAUUGGAAGUGGUUUGCAGGAAACUUGGCAUCUGGUGGUGCUGCUGGUGCCUCUUCCCUUUUGUUUGUGUAUUCCUUGGAUUAUGCAAGAACACGUCUUGCUAAUGAUAAUAAGGCUGCGAAAAAGGGUGGUGAAAGGCAGUUUAAUGGUCUGGUUGAUGUUUACAGGAAAACUCUUAAGUCAGAUGGUAUUGGUGGGCUUUAUCGUGGAUUCACCAUCUCAUGCGUGGGAAUCAUUGUUUACCGUGGUCUGUACUUUGGGAUGUAUGAUUCACUUAAACCAGUUGUUCNGAUACAUAUCUGUGAAAUUUUGGAUAGCUUUUUCGCAAGUUUCUUGUUGGGGUGGGGUAUCACUAUUGGUGCUGGUUUGGCUUCUUAUCCAAUUGAUACGGUGCGUAGAAGAAUGAUGAUGACUUCUGGAGAAGCAGUCAAGUACAAGGGCUCAAUGGAUGCAUUUACUCAGAUUGUUAAGAAUGAAGGCACUAAAUCACUUUUCAAAGGUGCUGGAGCAAAUAUUCUACGUGCUGUUGCUGGUGCAGGUGUUCUAGCCGGGUACGAUAAGCUGCAGCUCAUUAUGUUUGGAAAGAAAUAUGGAUCUGGUGGCGGUGGUUGAUUUAGUAUGCUGAUGAUUCCUUGGUUGUCUCAGUGUGUUCAAAUAAUUUUCUCAAACAAUGUCACGUUGGUUUGGAAUCUCUUGAAAGUUUAUGCAGGAGCUGUAAUUUCCUUGAAGUUGUUUUCCUUGUUGCUAUGAAACUCUUGAAACUCCUGUAUGUUUAUAGUUGUCUGUUAUGCAGAAAUUGAUGUACAGUUUUACUUUCUGCUACUUCAUAGCAAGAGCUCAUAUUGUCAA